GGCUGCAGGACCCGGAUGCUGAUGCUGCUCGUGUCGGAUGAGGAGAAGGAAGAGGAGACAGGAAAGAACGAUUUAUAGGAAGAAAGAACGGUAGUAACAGAAGGGGUGUUUGUACAGACUACAUUUAUUUUAAAAAAAGAAGAAGAACAAGAAGGAAAAAAAAACUAGAGUCGUCAAGUGAACGUGUAUUUUUUUUUAAGGAGGAAGCCGAAUGAACGAGCCCCGGACCGGCACGCGAGCAGGAACGCAGGGAGGGAGGAUGCUGUGAUGCUGAUGCGCGCGCGGACGGAGGCGGGUGGGAGCAGCGCGAGCGGGGCGAGCGCGAGCAGCCGACGGAGGGAGGGCGACGGCGCUCCGCCAAAGAUGCUUCUUCCAGCGCAGCCGGCCGUCGCCGACCGUGUUGCAGAAUUAAUUUACUCUUCUUCCGCCGCCGACGGCAACUUUUCGGCACUGAAAUACUGACGCGCGUCGAGGCUCUUUUUCAUUGACGUGCCGAAGCCUGGCGCUGUGCGUGCGGCGUGUAGGUGUUUUGCUGCUUUUAAUGAGGAAAAUUCCAGAGCUGUGAGCCGCGAGACAGUGCGAGCGAGGAGGUGCAUCGAUCGCAUGAUACAGAGCAUCUCGGGCUCUCGCGCUUGGAUGUGGGCUCGGACCCGGGCACACAGGGCAGGGGGCCUGCGAGGAGGAUCCUCCGCUCCGGACAAACGGAUCAAUGCCUUUUCCAAGUAUCCACCUCAUUAUUGUCUCCCAAAACUGACAUUCGAGCAUCGUAUCGGAGGGAGGAGAACGAAGGGGCGAAACUGCGCGUAGUGGCGAGCAAAAAGCAGCGAGAAUCGGCGCGACUGAUUCAUACACGAGCAGAGACAAUUGCGGCUGAAUCGCUUUCCCCGUCACAGCCGCUUUUGAAUUAUUUCCACAUCAGUCUCAAGCUUCAGGCUUCUUUUAGCACCGAAACGAGCGCCGUACUACUACUGCCACCUUCACCUCCCCGAUCCUUAUCUUCUUGUUUUGAUUCCCCCCUCAUUCCUUCAUUAGAAUUGAUUGUCACAACAACAACAGUGCGCCUGCCUUCAUCCCAGCCAAAUUGUAGGGAAAAUAACUGCUAACAUUUUAGCCGGAGCCCUUAGCAGUUUUAGUUCGAAUAGCAGAAACUGAGGAGUAGGCCGGGGAUCAGGCUGCACUACCAGCCUCCCGCUCUCCGCUUCCUACUGUAGUAUUACUCACCCUCGCGCUCGGUUAUGUCUUUAGGCAGCGGCUCAGCGCACGCCUCGCACAGUCACACACUCCCUUUAACACUAUUAUAGUCGCGUACCGUCAUUGUAGUCGUUUAGGGUAAAGCGCGCAAUUGCAGCAUGUCCAGUAAAGAGCUGUCAGGGAGUCAUUCGGCUCAGUACGUCGGGCCUUACCGACUGGAGAAGACCCUGGGCAAAGGGCAGACAGGUUUGGUGAAGCUGGGAGUUCACUGCAUUACAGGACAGAAGGUAGCAAUAAAAAUAGUGAACAGAGAGAAGCUUUCUGAGUCUGUGCUCAUGAAGGUGGAAAGAGAGAUUGCUAUUCUGAAGCUGAUAGAACACCCACACGUGCUGAAGUUGCACGACGUAUACGAGAAUAACAAAUAUCUGUACCUGGUCCUGGAGCACGUGUCAGGCGGGGAGCUCUUUGACUACCUUGUGAAGAAGGGCAGGUUGACACCCAAGGAGGCUAGAAAGUUCUUCAGGCAAAUUAUCUCAGCGUUGGAUUUCUGUCACAGUCACUCCAUCUGCCACAGAGAUUUGAAGCCCGAGAACCUGCUGUUAGACGAGAAGAACAACAUCCGGGUUGCUGACUUUGGCAUGGCCUCACUGCAGGUGGGGGACAGCCUGCUGGAAACGAGCUGUGGAUCCCCACAUUAUGCCUGUCCAGAAGUUAUCAGGGGUGAAAAGUAUGACGGCAGACGGGCAGAUGUGUGGAGCUGUGGUGUCAUCCUGUUUGCCCUCCUGGUGGGCGCCCUGCCCUUUGACCACGACAACCUGCGGCAGCUGCUCGAGAAGGUGAAGAGCGGGGUGUUCCACAUGCCCCACUUCAUUCCCCCAGACUGCCAGGCUCUGCUCAGGGGAAUGAUCGAGGUCGACCCAGAGAAAAGGCUCACGCUAGAAGCAAUACAAAAACACCCCUGGUAUCAGGGGGGUAGGAACGAGCCCUGUCCAGAGCAGCCACCCCCCAGGCGAGUAUGUGUGCGGCGGAUUCUGUCCCUCACCGAGCUGGACCCCGACGUACUGGACAGCAUGCACUCUCUGGGCUGUUUUAGAGACAGAGGAAAGCUCACGCGGGACCUGCAGUGUGAAGAAGAUAAUCAGGAGAAGAUGAUCUAUUACCUCCUCCUUGAUCGUAAAGAGCGGUACCCGAGUUGUGAGGAUGAGGACCUGCCACCCAGAAAUGACAUUGCAGAUCCACCCCGGAAGCGAGUGGACUCCCCAAUGCUAUCCCGCCACGGCCGCUGUCGGCCCGAGAGGAAGAGCUUGGAGGUGCUGAGUGUGACGGAGCAGGGCUCUCCGACACCACCGCGCCGAGCGCUGGACACUGCAGCACACAGUCAGAGGUCUCGUUCAGUGAGCGGAGCCUCCACUGGCCUGUCCUCCAGCCCUCUCAGCAGUCCCAGGGUCACACCCCAGGGCUCUCCGCUCCCCACCCCACUUGGUACUCCUGUCCAUCAUCCUCAGCACCCAUCUCCUACCCCUCCUUCCUCUUCUUCUUCCUCCUCCUCUUCUCGAGCGGAGGGCGGGGGAGUGGGUGUCGGCUCCCUCUCCUUGACUCCACCCUCCAGUCCUGGUGGUGGCGGGGGCAUGGGGGCUAGCAGCUCUGCUCAUUGGCGGACCCGUCUGAACUCCUUCAAGAACAACCUGCUGGGCUCUCCCCGUUUCCACCGUCGCAAGCUGCAAGUCCCUACAUCGGAGGACAUGUCCAGCCUAACCCCGGAGUCCAGUCCAGAACUGGCAAAGAAGUCCUGGUUUGGAAACUUCAUCAGCCUGGAGAAAGAGGAGCAGAUCUUUGUCGUAAUCAGAGACAAACCUCUGAGCUCCAUCAAAGCCGACAUCGUGCACGCCUUCCUUUCGAUCCCUUCCCUCAGUCACAGCGUCAUCUCCCAGACCAGUUUCAGGGCAGAGUACAAGUCCUCUGGCGGUCCCUCUGUCUUCCAAAAGCCUGUCAAGUUCCAAGUGGAUAUCGCCUUCUCUGAGGGAGAGAGGGAGCGUGAGAGAGAAAGGCCUGAAAGGGAAGGCAAGCGAGAGUCGGGCAUUUACAGUGUCACCUUCACACUCAUAUCAGGACCCAGCCGUCGGUUCAAGCGUGUGGUGGAAACCAUCCAGGCCCAGCUACUCAGCACCCACGACCAGCCAUCUGUGCAGGCACUGGCUGACGAGAAGAACGGGCAGCUGUCCUCUCGGACCCCGGGCACACCGACGCGCCAGAAUUCUCGCCGCUCAGAAGGGGGUGGAGACAGGAGUGAAUGGGGCGAGCGAGGGGAUGCAGGGGGGAUCGGAGGAAGUGGGGGAGUACUGCAGCGCAGGGGGUCUGGGAAAGAGAAGACCAGGCUUCUUUCUUCUAAUGGAACUCAAUCGCAGCCCUAAGAGGAAAAUGCAAUAACUAGUAACAGCAGUAGAGGGCCUCAUUUUUAUGCCAAGAAAAUAAACAUUUCAAAACACAUUAAUCAAAAUAGAAGCUAUUAGUUAAUCUCCAAGUAAUGGAAAAACUCCCCAAAGAAAAAGUUCACGAUUUCAGCGUAAGAUUAUGGUAAUCUUGUCACAGUAAACAUGCUUUAUGCAUUCAUGAAAAGGAAACCAAAUGUGGAAGUACAAAGUAAGGUUAGAUUCAAGUGAAACAUUUUACUGUUUUACAUGCCUUCAUGAAUUGCCACCACUCUUGUGAAGAGUAACAUUUUUCAGUCAUGUGUAAUGUGUUGCUGGAAGUCACGAAAACCCAUGGGCGUGAGACCGAUGGCAUUGCUGAAGUGCGUAACAUGGAAAUCCUCCCAAAGCAACUUACUGGAUGUGAUCAACAGAAAGCCACUCCAACAAGAUCAGAAGAAUGUAUUGUACUGUAUUUAACAAAAAGGAUAAAAGUGAUUCCGAUUAAACUGACCCGAGCCUGGAUACAAUUAUAAACAUGCUCUUUCUCCGUUGCUUUCAAACUGUUUGGAAACCUGAACAACAACCAGAAAUAAAUGAAAACCGCCAUACUUACAAAAAGAAGUAACCCCCACUUUAAUAGCUGCCUGCAUUUCAGAGACAAGAAGCCAAAGGGUGUAGACAACAGAAUAUCCCAACAUGGAAAAUGUAUAAGGCCAGGAAACAGGUGGAUAACUGGUCAUUUCCUAUCCUGGAUUCUUUUCUCACUUUACAAACUAUUCUAAGUGCUGAAGAAGCUGAAGUGCUUUCGGGAACUUUUCCAGCAGAGCAACAGCACAUCUCAUUUGCAGCUCCAAGUAUAAAGGGCAUAAACAUUCCAACGGUUUUUUUCAGCUACUUUUAAAUCUUGUAUGAUCUUAGUUGCUUGUUUAGGUGCACACAUUAGCCACUAAGAGUUGCCCUUUUAGGGCAAUAGCAGUAGAAGUGACGAGUGAAAAAUCUUUUACAUUUUACGGAACAGGACAAAUUCACAAUAAGAAGAGUUUUCUUUUUGAAGCCGUGCUGAAGAACCUCUUGGCCAACCAGCCUAUCUGUCAAAUAGCUAAACAGAUAAAAGAGUAUGUUUCAAAGAGGUAAUGCAUAAAGCCAUUCGAAAUAUGACCAAUCAAGGGUGAAACUGUUCUGUGGCCAGUUAGGACUGUCUUAUUAAAUUCAGGGAUAAAUCAAACAUCUAUGGUGGAGGACCCUCAAUGAAAAACUGGAAAACUAAGCUUUCUCAUCCUGUUCCAUAAUCAUGCAAGUCACUAAUGAGUCUAAUCUGAGCAAGGUUUCCUAAUAGUCUCAACAUCAUCAUCUAGCACCAUCAUCAGACAGAAGAAUCAUUUUCCACUAUCUGUGAUGGUCCUUGGACAGCACGCAUCUGCCUUCCUCGUCCAGCUGAAGAGGAAGUCCCCCAGCUCAUCUCGACAUGUUUGUUUAACCCUUGAGGCCUCAUGAAGAGAGGUUCGGACUUCUAAAAUACAGUAAUAAUGAAAAAACAAGGAGCUUGAUGGACACAGCUCUGGAGCUUGUGUUCAGUACUGGAAAACACAAGCGGAGACAGUGACUCUUUGGAACUGCAAUGCAAAAAUGCUUAAAAACAAAAGGAAAGCAAAGACUCUGAAAACCAUGCAAACUGAAAUUCAUCAUUUUUGUUUUAUGUGCAACUUUGCGACUUGUUUCUUGCUGAAUGAAAGACAAAAAACUAACCUAGUGAAUGUCAAAAAAUGAAUUUUA